AUGUAUAUCUAUUAUUGCCUUGCAGUAGGUAUGGUAAGUAAACCUGUACAGGAUUCUACACCAGAGUUUAAUAUUACACAAGAAGAAUUUCCAGCUCUACCUGGCUCUCAAACAUCAUCAUCAUCUACUGGUGAUUUGUCAAAUAAAUCGCAAAUCCCGACUACAGGUUUAUAUGAUCAACUCGGUGGUAAAGCAGAAACAAAUAAAUUUCUAGGUGAAAAGAUGUUACCAUCUCAGAUUCCUAAACGUGGUAUUCAAACACAUCCUGAUGGUACUAUAUCUAAUAUACCGCCUGGUAUGGUAACAGAUCAGUUUGGUAUUGUUGGUUUAUUAUCGUUUAUAAGAGCGGCCAUGGAUGGUACAAUGGUACCAGCUAUAAUACCUGGUAUAGAUUUAACAACACUGGGUUUAAACCUUAACUCACCUGAAAAUUUAUACAGCACUUUUCAGUCUCCGUGGGCAGAAGCACCUUGCAGACCUCAAGAUAUAGAUUUUCAUGUUCCAGCAGAAUAUAUAACUAAUAUCUAUAUUAGAUUUAAGCUUGCACCAAUCAAAUUUUUUCGUUAUGGAGAAGAUUUAUUGUUUUUCUUAUUCUAUAUGAGUGGUGGAGAUGUUUUACAGUUGGCAGUCGCUGCAGAAUUAUAUAACCGAGACUGGAGAUAUCAUAAAGAAGAAAGAACAUGGAUGACACGUGCCCCUGGUAUGGAACCUAUCGUAAAAACUAAUUCUUACGAAAGGGGGACAUAUUAUUUCUUCGAUGCAGUGAAAUGGAGGAAGGUGGCUCGAGAAUUUCAUUUAGAGUAUGAUAAACUUGAAGAAAGACCAACACUUCCAUCAUUUCUGAGCCAGAAUAUGAAUAAUCCCAAUCAACCCAAUGUAGCCCAUUAG